UAUUAGCACCACGCUCUAACCAACUGAGCUAACCGGCCAUAGAGAAGUGAAAGUUUACAUCAUAACCAAAGCUGCUGAACCGAAAGUUAACGUUCCUGAGCUGGCAGAGAAAACGACUUCCCACUGAUGUUGCAGAUCUCAGCAGCACUCAGCAGAACAACAUCCUCGCUCAGCCUCAUUGCGAAAUCAGGAUGUCACUGGAGUUCUCUGGCUGGGAGGUGGUCGACGAUGGUGCUUCUUUUCCUGGUGUGGAGCUGGGGCCAUCGCAGAAACCUCAGAACCGGGGCGUCUACACCAUGUACCACGGCACCAGCAUUGCCAGUGCUCGGCUCAUCAUUGCCAAUGGCUUUAAGCAGUCCUCAGGUGGCCUGCUGGGAAAGGGUGUGUAUGUCAGUCGUGAUAGGAAAAAGGCCGAACGUUAUCCAUUGAACAGUAACCCUUCAGACCGCGUGGUUUUUGAGUUACGUGUGCGUGUUGGCCGUGUCAAGCGCAUUGACAAGGACAACCAUCCUAUGCAGUACACCUGGAGUACGCAGGGCUACAACACUGCUUGGGUCCCCCCCAACUGCGGCAUGAAAGCUGUGCCCAGCGGCCUAGAGGAGGAUUGUGUGUUUGACCCCAAAAGAGUGAAGGUGGUGAGCAUUGCAAAGGCACCAAACACCACCACAGAGAAGGAGCUUCAACAGCUUAUAGCGAAGAGAUCUGGGGGAGGAGGAAGUGGUGCUGUGGAUGUGUGUCCACUGUGUAAAAGGAAGACCCAGCAGGGUUCUCCACACGUCAAGCAACAGUGCUGGGAGUGUGGGAAAAACAUCUGCAUUCUCAUGUCCAAGCAUUUCUGUCCAGCUAAACCCGGCAGGAUGUCACUGCAGUUUUUUGGAUGGGAUGUGACCUAUGAUGAUGAGUCUCCUCGUGUGGAGCUGGGGGCCUCUCAGGUGCCCAAGGACCGGGGCGUCUACACCAUGUACCACGGCACCAGCGUUGCCAAUGCUCGGCUCAUCAUUGCCAAUGGCUUUAAGCAGUCCUCAGGUGGCAUGCUGGGAAAGGGUGUGUAUGUCAGUCGUGAUAGGAAAAAGGCCGAACGUUAUCCACUGAACAGUAACUCUUCAGACCGUGUGGUUUUUGAGUUACAUGUGCGUGUUGGCAAUGUGAAGCGUAUUGACAAGGACAACCAUCCUAUGCAGUACACCUGGAGUACGCAGGGCUACGACACUGCUUGGGUCCCCCCCAACUGCGGCAUGAAAGCUGUGCCCAGCGGCCUAGAGGAGGAUUGUGUGUUUGACCCCAAAAGAGUGAAUGUCGUGGGCAUUGCAAAAGCACCGGACACUAUACUGACAGAGCUUCAGCAGAGUGUCGCUAACAGACAUAGUGGUGCUGUGGAUGUGUGCUCACUGUGCAAGAGAAAGAUCCUGCAAGGAUCUCCACACAUUCAGCAAUCCUGCUGGGGCUGCGGGCAAAACAUCUGCACACUCAUGUCCAAGCAUUUCUGUCCAUUUAGUGUCUGAGAGGGUGUAAACAACUGUACUGUAAAAAUUAGUACGGUUGUGACACAGAGGGGCUGUGGAUCCUACUAAACUAAAGCUGAAGCUAAGUAGCAUACAAUUCUCAACUCAGGGUGUAAUCAUACUUUGGAAACAGGGCACAAAGUUUCUCCUUUUUCUUCCACAACUUAACAAUUGUAAUUGGUGUAAUAUGGCAAUAGUUUUUGCUGAACAUGUCUUGAGGAUCACUGCAUGUCGUCUACAAUGUCCUUUGUAUGAAUGAUAUACUGGUGAUGAAAAGAAGUCACUGAUGUUACCGUUGAUAAUGUUCUGCUUUAUACUCCAUUCAUGUUAU